AUGUCUUUGUUUUUACAAGACGAUUCGGAUGAAGAAGAUUUGGUGAUAGAAUUAAGCAAUUUAAGCAAGAACGAUGAGACUGCUGAUGUGAUCGUUGAGGAUCAGCCCAAAGAGACCGCUGAAUCGGAAUUAUCUGAGAACCCUCAGAGUGAAGUGCUAGGUGAUACUGAGGACAAAGUUUUGUAUCCUUUAAUUCCUAUAGAUGCGAAUACCGAAACGCUUAAGCCGAAUAUCGAAGAAAUAAGACCUGUGGAUGUCCAUCUUUCACUAUCUUUACCGUUUCAGCAUUUGAUACUAGAGAACUUACUAGUGUCUGAGAAUGCGUUACUUGUUAUUGGGAAAGGGUUGAGCGUCUUAAGCAUCGUUAGUAACUUAUUGUAUACGCUUUCUACACCGACAAGGAUCGAUGGUACUGAUAAGCGGUCUUUGGUUUUAGUUUUGAAUGCCAGUUCCGAGGAUGAGGAUAUCAUCGAGGAAGAGUUAAUGGAGUUGCAAUGGACCUGUAAUGAAGAUGAUGAGGAGGGCCAACCCGGGGAUAGGCCUUUCACGGUCAUUUCCAGUGAUUCCUUUACCGUGGAUCAAAGAUCGAAAAGAUAUCAACAAGGUGGCAUUAUUUCAGUGACUUCGCGGAUUUUGAUUGUGGAUUUAUUAUCUGGUAUAGUACAUCCCAAGAAUAUUACGGGACUCUUGAUACUACAUGCGGAGAAGUUAGAUUCGAUGUCAAUUGAAUCUUUCAUCGUUGAGAUCUAUCGUAACUCAAACAAAUGGGGAUUUAUCAAGGCUAUCACGGAUUCCGCAGAAUCGAUGAUAUCUGAGUUUGCUCCAUUGGCAAAAAAGAUGAAGGAUUUACUUCUGAAACGGAUCUUGCUAUGGCCUCGUUUUCAUGCAGAUAUUUCAUCUUGCCUUAAUACCACUUCAAAUACAAAAGUUAUCGAGAUCAGAGUCUCAUUGACGGAUUCAAUGUCUAAGAUCCAAUUUGGCUUAUACGAGUGUUUGAAGAAAUGUAUUGAUGAGUUGAAUCGGAAAAACCCUGAGCUUUCAACAGAGUACUGGUCCUUUGAAAAUGCAUUAGAUUCCAAUUUUCUACGAAUCAUAAAUGGAGUAUUAUCUCCAAAAUGGCAUAGGAUAUCGUACGAAUCCAAACAAUUGGUUAAAGACAUCUCUACUUUAAAGAAACUUCUUACUUCUUUAAUAAGUUAUGAUGCAUUAGACUUUUAUGAAUUAAUUCAGCUUAUCCUUGACGCAAACAAGCCCUCAGUUACAAGAAAAUAUUCUGAAUCACCAUGGUUGUUGGCUGAUGAAUCUCAAUUGGUAAUUUCUUUCGCUAAGAAAAGAGUUAUCGAUGACGGGAACUAUAAUUUGGAACCUUUACCCAAAUGGGAACAAUUAUGCGCCUUAAUGGAAGAUAUCGAACACGAAUCGUCCAAAUACCCUGCUGGAACUCAAGGAUCCGUUUUAAUUCUAUGCUCAGAUGAUAGGACAAGCAAUCAAUUACGUCAAGUCAUUAGGAACAUGAAGUCCAAACACAAUGGACAUAAAAAUAUUAUGUUAGAUAAACUGGAUAUUUACAGAAGAAGAAGGGAUGAUAUGAGGAGAAUAUCAAAGGAUAUAGUGGAAGAAAACGAGAAAUAUCAAAAUGGAGGUGAAAUGAACGUCUCAAGAGCUUUCCAUAAACAGGAAAUCAAUACAAAACGUCGUAGGACAAGAGGAGCGUCAUUUGUGGCUGCUGUUGACAGAUUAAAAAAUGCUCAAGCUGGUCAAGGUCAGGACAUUGAUGCUAUGAUAACUUCUGAUAGCAUUAAGGAAGAACGUGAUAGAUCACUUGUUAGUAUGGAGACGCUUGGUGAUGAGGCUGCAGUUAAAGAAGAUUUUGAUUCGGAGGACGAGUUGUCCAUAAUUGAGGAAAAGCUCCAAGAUGGCUCAAUUCCAGAAUACGCGAUGGUUCAAAACUGGGAAGAAGUUUGGGAAAGAAGGAAAACCGGUUAUAAAUAUGUUGAUAACGAUUGCAAAAUUGUUAUAGAAACUUUCAGCACAACUUCGGAUGAACAAAUUUUACAUGAGCUCAUGCCUUCGUAUAUUAUAAUUUACGAGCCUAAUUUGGCAUUUGUUCGUAAGUUGGAAGUGUACAAGGCUAUUCACAGGCACAACCCUCCCAAGGUAUAUUUCAUGUAUUAUGGGGACAGCGUCGAAGAGCAGUCUCAUUUAAGUUCCAUAAAGCGCGAAAAGGAAGCAUUUACAAAAUUGAUCAGAGAACAUUCUAAUAUGGCACAACACUUUGAAACUGACGAAGAUCUUUCCAGAUAUAAGAAUUUGGCUCACAGAAAGAUGCAACUAUCGAGAAUGAAGAAUAGUAGAAUUGCUGGUGGUCAAGAUUUUUUGAAUCCAAUGACAUACGAUGUCGUUGUCGUGGAUAUGCGUGAAUUUAGAGCUGCACUUCCAGGGUUGUUGUACCGAUAUGGGGUUCGAGUUGUCCCAUGUAUGCUCACAAUCGGUGAUUAUGUUAUUACACCUGAUAUAUGCAUAGAACGAAAAUCUAUCGCAGAUUUGAUAGGAAGUUUCAAGAACGGAAGAUUAGAUAAACAGAUUAGAAGUUUAUCCAGAUUUUACAAAUAUCCAACAUUGUUGAUAGAAUUUGAUGACUCUCAGUCAUUUUCGUUGGAGCCCUUCAGUGAGAGAAACGUUUAUGCUUCUGCAGCAUCCUCAACUGUCCACCCUAUCAGCGGAAAGUUAAUGCAAGAAGAAAUUCAAAGAGAAUUAUCUCAUUUAGUUAUGAAAUAUCCAUCUUUAAAGAUAGUAUGGUCCUCUUCUCCGCUUCAGACAGUAAAUAUAUUUUUGGAUCUGAAAACCAACAGAGAGCAGCCAGAUCCUGUGAAAUGUGUCCAAUUCGGGUCCACUAAAAAACAAACUGGGAAGAAUAAGAAGGACACGGAAUCUAAUAACAAAUUCAAAAACUUGUUGACAAUCCCGGGAUUAUCCAAUGUGGACUAUUACAAUAUCAAAAAAAGGUACAAAAGAUAUGCGGAUUUGUUGAAUGCAAGUGUAGAGGAUCUCAAGAACAUUGUAACCGACCCUGAUUUGAGUGAGAGAAUCCAGCUAUCUUUGCAACGGCAAGAAUUAUUGGAUUCUGUUGAAUCAGACGAUGAUUCUGAUCCCAAAACAUUGAACACUUAG